AUGGAAGACGAACAGCUCUCAGGGUCGACCCCUCCGCAAAAGAUAAGGAAGAAGAGGAUCCCAAUAGAGACCCUCGAAAAGGAGUUGGAUGCCUUAAGAGCUCAGAUUCAGGUGUAUCAGCAAACAACGGAAGUGCAGCAUGAUACUGCCUUUAGCAUCCCGGGACCCAGCAGUGCCCCUCCUAUGGAUGUUCCGGUGCCUCAGAUGCAGCCUCCCGGAGGAAGUCUUUUGGCGUCUUCAGGAGCGUUCAGUACUACACGCUCACCAGUCGAGUUUAACCGAUCGCAGUUGCAGCAGAACAACAGCUCGCCCAGCACGACGUUUCAGUCAUGUGCCACCUCCACGGGAAAACGCAAGAGGUCCCAUUUUGAAAUAGAACCCAUUGUGGCACCCGAUUUUGCUAGUAUGGGCCUCAUCUCAAUGGAGGAGGCAGAAUCAUACUUUGCAACUUUCUUCCAAGGUUGCGACCAAUAUGUCCCAGUCUUUGACCCAAGGUUUGACUCUAUGCAUGGCAUUCGAAGUCGAAGUGGGCUUUUAUUCAGCUCUAUCUGUGCUGCAGGCUGCAGAAUUCUCAAAGGAACGGAUUCAAAUGCGUGGCAUUUACUUAAUUUUCAUAUUAAAAGAGUCCUCAAUGCUGUCCUUGCCACUCCAGCCAAAGCCACACUGGAAACUGUGCAAGCCCUUCUCGUAAGGGCUUGCUUUGCGUCAGAAAGGUCACUCCUAGUUACCUUGGGUAUACGGCUCGCCAUCGACCUUGGCUUACCGGAGGCUUACGAAGAACUAAGCACCCGAUUUGUAUCAAGAACUUCAUGGAGUGGUGAUCCGCCGUUGGAGACAACAGAGGAUGACGCGAUUCUCAUGCGAAAAGCUCGGACUUGGCUCCAUCUAAUUGUUCUGAGCCAUAUGCUGCAUGUCGACGCGAGUGACCUUCUUACUCUGAAAUUCCGUGGAGCUGUUCGGCGAUGUAGAGUUCUGCUUGAGAGCCCAUAUUCAACGGCACUGGACCUACAUCUAUUUUCCCAGGUUGAGCUGAAUGUCCUCCGAUCAUCAACGUACGCAACUCUAUCCGGUUGCUCCAGUCUGCCAGAUGAGGAUCUCAUGGACGUGAUCCGGGAUGCAAAAAUUGACAUUGACGUUUGGUUCAAUGACUGGAUGCGUAUUGUUGAGCGCUCUCAUUCCAAUAAGCGUUGGCUGGCGCUCCAUCUUCGUGUACAGCGCUGUUGGGCCGAUACGAUGGCUUUCUGCCGCGCGGUCCGUGUCUCUGGGGUUGAAAACGUCGACGCGAUGUCUCCUACGCAGCGGAACAUUUUGCUCAUGGCGAAGGAUUCUCUAAACCAGCAUUUGAGCAUCAUGAUCGAAGAGCCGCGCGAAUAUCUACACAACUUGAAAUUCGCAAUGGACUUCGUGUGGGCCAAAUGUGCAUUCUGCUUCUUACUGCUUCUUAAGCUGUCCAUGCUCCUGGUCGAAGAUGAUGAGGAACAGAACAGGACUCUCGUUCUACAAGGCAAGAUGCUGCUCUCUGAGCUGCACAAAGCAGGCGGAAACUCCAAUGGCGGCCGGAGUAACACUAGCCGCUUAUACAUCCAAUUGAUUCAAACGGGAUUGGAGAAAUUUAGCCGGACAGUACUUCAUGAGAACCUAUCGCAUUCCCAAACUGGUACUAGCACGCCGAGCAGGCAGAGAAAUGGGAGUGGAAAUAGUAGCGGCGGAGAUACCAGUGUUGACUCGGCUGGGCAUAAUGAACUUGAGUCUUUCGUGCCGGAGCAAUUCGUUUUUGAAUGGGAUUUCCCGGGCCUAACUCUAUUCUCAAGCCCUACGACCGAGGCAGGAUGGCUUGAUGAUUUCUUGAGAGGAUCUCUAAUUGGUGGUGAAGACUUAUAUGGGCUUAGAUGGUCCUCGAUUGAUGUCGGCCCGGAAUAUUAA